UUUUUUUUUUCUUUUCCUGGCUAAAGAAUCGCUUGGCAUUGCUUGGAAUAUCUUAUUUUUAACUAUGGCUACUAAAGUAGAAAACAAUAUAGACAGUGGUGAACGAAAUGCAUUUUAUUCUUUUCUUAAAUCCCUUGGAUCAUUUUCAGGUGAUUUAUCUUCUCUUUCUUGUCCAACCUUUUUUUUGGCUCCUGUGUCUUUGAUUGAAUACAAGUAAAGAUCAGAGAAUAUGAACGUAAACUAAUAAACGGAUAGUCAAUAUUGGGCUUCUCAACCUGAAUUGUUUAGAGCCAUUGGUACUCAAACGACUGAACAAGACAAAUUGCUAGCUGUCAUCAAAUGGUACAUUGCUUAUUUAAACGCUGCUUUCAAAAGAAGAAUUCCAGAGGGACAAUGGGACAAGAAACCCUUCCACCCGAUUUUAGGGGAACAAUUUCAUAGGACAUGUUCGCAGACGCAAAUGGUAUGUGAACAAGUAUCACAUGACCCACCCACCACUGCCUUCCAUGUCGCCAGUAAAGGUGUGGCAUUGAAUGGUCAUAUUGGACAGACAUCGCGCAUGGCAGGCACCGCUCUUGUUUGUGAACAAACAGGAUGUGGCCUCAUCACCACAGAACAUGAACAAUACCUUUUCUCGCAUCCUUCUUUAGCUGUCCGAGGCAUUUGGUAUGCUGCACCUUUUAUUGAAUUGAUGGGCACCAUGUAUAUUCAAGCAUCUUUUGGGUAUUAUGCCUGUAUUGAAUUCUCUUCCCGAGGUUGGAUCUCGGGUGAAAUAAACCACUUUAAAUGCCUGGUGAACAAAAAUGAAGGCUCAGUCAAAGACGUGCUCUAUAAAAUUGAAGGUCAAUGGACAGGUCAAUCGACUCUGAUUGAUUAUCAAAAAAGAACAUCGAGCUUGUUUUUCAAUGUCGAGUCACUUGUGCCUUCUGAACCUGUUGUACGAUCCAUCCAAACCAUGGGUCCAUUGGAAUCCCGCCGUGUGUGGCAUAAAGUAGCAGAAGCCAUUCGUACUAGUCAACCAGUCUUGGCCAAUAAAGAAAAGGCAGCGAUUGAACAAAAUCAACGAGAAGCUGAAAAGAAACGAGAAGAACAAGGUCAACCAUGGCAACCCGCUUAUUUUAAAUGGCAAGCACAGGAACCCCAUGUGGUUCAGCUACAAGCGAUGUGGCAUGAUACACUUCAGAAAAAGACAGAUCCAGUUCUAGAGGGUAAUUGGGUCAUGCUUAAAUAAAAACAGAAGAAAACCUCGGUCAGUUUUAUAAGAGACAGGACCGAGACAAACCAUUGUUUCUAGAGUACAGUGUGGCUUCUUAAAAUAAUACCUCCUUAUUGUGCUAUCUCCUUUUGUAUUGAUUUACAUUCUUAACUUUGCUAAGAUAGAAUGAUGUUAUUAGUUUUUGGGUAAGACUGACUAAAUUAAACGUAGAUCUUUUUUUUUUCUUUUUUCUGAAGAAC